AGUAAAUAGCACGUGACCACAAACAUCAGCUGACCUUCCGUGUAGACGUCUUCCCUCGUCACGACUGCGGGGAUUAACUCAUUCAUUAUUCUCCGCGCAUUUUACGGGCCCCCAGCUAGCUAGCAGCAGCAGCGACCAUGGCGCUCAGCGAUGCCGACGUUCAGAAGCAGAUCAAGCACAUGAUGGCCUUCAUCGAGCAGGAGGCCAACGAGAAGGCCGAGGAGAUUGACGCCAAGGCAGAGGAGGAGUUCAACAUCGAGAAGGGCCGCCUGGUGCAAACGCAGCGUCUGAAGAUAAUGGAGUACUACGAGAAGAAAGAGAAGCAGAUCGAGCAGCAGAAGAAAAUCCAAAUGUCCAACCUGAUGAACCAGGCGCGUCUGAAGGUCCUGAAGGCCCGUGACGAUAUGAUCUCGGACAUGCUGAACGAGGCUCGUCAACGGCUCGCUAACGUGGCACGAGAUCCCUCCAAGUAUGCCGCUCUCAUCGACGGCUUGAUUCUGCAGGGUUUGUAUCAGCUGCUGGAGACCAAAGUGAGCAUUCGAUGUCGCAAACAAGACGUGCAGAUGGUGCAGGCGUCCAUCCAGAGGAACAUUCCCAUCUACAAAGCGGCGGUGAAGAACACCCUGGAGGUCCGCAUCGACCAGGACAACUUCCUGUCUCCCGACAUCUCCGGAGGUAUCGAGCUCUACAACGGGGACGGCAAGAUCAAAGUGUCCAACACCUUGGAGAGCAGACUGGACCUCAUGGCUCAGCAGAUGAUGCCUGACAUCCGAGUGGCUCUUUUCGGCGCCAACCCAAACCGCAAGUUCAUGGACUGAGAACCCCCCCUCCCCCCAAAGGCAAAAAACCCCAAUUGGGGUAUUGUGGUGGUUAUUAUCGUGUGACGUGCUGCUGUAUUUCUUUGUGCAUGAAGGGACGGACGCUAGCAGCGCCGCCAUCGCCGCUCAUCAUUACCCGUUGAUCCUCGCUGCUGCUAACAGACAACAGCGAUGAUUCUUGUUUAGUUCACUACCGCGGGAUGGGGGGGUACAUGCCGUGUACGUAUGUUCGUUUUCCGAGUUAUCCUCCAAACAAAAGAGUUAAUUUAUUAGAGAGUCGUAAAUAUGAGCGUUCCUGACUAAAUUAUUUCUUGUGCGUUUUUUUUUUGUCCGUUUGUAUUAUUGUCUCGAACCUGGUGUAAAUGUACAACAUAAUAAAAUGAUUGAAUCAUGA